GUACGUCACCAGUGAUCCACGAUGGCGACGUCGAAGGAUUUUGCGGUUCUCGAUUUACAGAAUGAUCCACAAGGACUUGGCGUUGAUCUGCAGUUUCAAGAUUUUGGCGAUGCUCGUGUGCAACCUGUAGGGUCUGGGGCAGGAGGUGGCAGUCAGCAUGAACAGACCAUCCACUUCACAGAGUUCCCUGACUCAGCUGAGGAUGACCCAGAGCAAGAGAAGCUCAUGGGUGAUGAGGAAGGUAGUGAGCCAGUGGGACUCAAAGCAGGAGCCUCCUUUUGGAACUUUGAGUUUUACCAGCAGUUCUUUGAUGUGGAGAGCAAGCAAGUGGGUGAUCGCAUCAUUUGGUCUAUGGUGCCGAAACCAGGGGUCAGCUAUUUGCAGUCAUACAUUCGUCCCAACCCUGAUCUGUAUGGGCCAUUCUGGAUUUGUAUGACCCUAGCCUUUACUACAGCAAUCACUGGCAAUUUAGCAAACUACUUGUUAACCAGACCAGAAGACACGUAUAUAUGGAGAUAUGAUUUCCACAAAGUUACUCUAGCUGCCACUGCCAUCUUUGCAUAUGCGUGGCUUGUCCCCUUGGCUGUGUGGGGCAUACUGAUAUGGAGAGGAUCUCGGGCAAAGAUCUCACUACUAGAAUUACUCUGCAUUUAUGGCUAUUCCCUUGCAAUUUUUGUCCCUGUGUCGAUUCUUUGGAUGGUACCACAGCCUUGGUUCAAGUGGUGCCUUGCAAUUGUUGCCCCUGUCCUAAGUGGGAGUGUUUUGGUGCGCACUGUCUGGCCCUCACUCUCACAUGACACCAAGCAAGUGGCCAUUACCAUCGCUGCAUUUAUAUUGAUCCUUCAUGCAACCCUUGCUCUUGGCUUUAUGCUGUACUUUUUCACUGCACCUGACCGGAAGGCAACACCUGUCAUCCCAGCGACACCGGCAGCCAAUCCCAAUGACAAGGCAGGAGCAGCCACACAAAGCCCAAGCAAAAACGUGGCAGCCGUAGAUCUUGAUGCUAAGACCAAGGAAGUGAAUGAAGGCAUAGAAAAGAUGGAUCCAGAUAAAGGGGAUAAGGUUGUUAAAAAAGACCAGGCUGCAGCAGCUCCAGUCCCAGAGAGCAAGAAGCAGGAGAGGAAUACACCUCUCUUGGCUGAGAAUUUGCAAGGACCUGGAGCAGCUGAAGUGGGAGAUAAGUUGAAGAGCAAUGAUGGUGUGUCAGCUGUUCCUGUAAAGAGUGAUAAAGUAAAAUCUGUGAGGGAAAGUGAAAGCAAGUUGAAGAAUAAUCCCACAAGUGAAGAAGAGGAGAAAAGAGACACUGUAAGUGAAGACAAGUCAAACUCCGACACCCAAGUGUCAGCUUAGACAGAAAUAUAACUGUUGUAGAAAAAAAUGAUGGCAAAGAAUUAUUUUAGUGAAUUGUACAGUUGAUUGGACUAGUGUAUGCAGAGCUUGUUGAUAUUUCUCUACAAUUUUUUUGAUUUUAGUGGGUUCCAUAUCAUCCAUAAGAUAUUCACAUCCAUUCCAAAUAUAUUGUUUACUUCUAAGAGUACGCAUGGUUCUAUACACUAAAGAAGUGAAAGGGGGAAAUAUGUCUUUAGCCAUGCUGGCAAGUCCAGACGUACAGAGACACAGAUACUGAACUUUUUUUUUUCUUUCUUUCUUUUUUCUUUUUUCUUUUUGUUCCACUCAUAUAUAUAUAUAUAUAUAUAUAUAUAUAUAUAUAUAUAUAUAUAUAUAUAUAUAUAUAUAUAUAUAUAUAUAUAUAUUUAUUAUAUAUGUAUGUUUGUAUGUAUGUAUGAUUUACACAUAUAAUCCCUGCACAGUUUUGGUUGUUUCAUUAGUUGUGCACCAUUGUGUGAUUAAUCAGACACUAAUUUGUUCAUUUUUUCAUGUCAUUUAUUGUGGUGACCAGACUGUAAUUCUGAAUACUGGAUGUACUUGUGGAGUUAUCUUAGUGUCUCUUUUUUACAUAUUGCAUUGGAAUAAAAGUAUUGAUACAUGCAGGAGCAAGGAGAAGUAUCAAGUCACAGACUGUUACUUCUGUUUCAUUAAAUUUUGGGGUGGUUCCAAAGUACUUAGUUAUUGAAUUAGAGAGUACAGGUAGAAAUUAAAAAGUUUCAUAAUGCUUCUGACUAUUGUGUUGUAAAUGGAAAAAAAUUAAAGAUGUAAUAUGGUAAGCUAAAUAGCAGAUUCGGCACACAAUAGUGUAUGUCUGCUUCCCACUUUUGAUUAUGGUUAUGAAUGACUCAGUUUCACUUCAGAAUGCUUGAUUAAUUUUUGUUUUACUUCCUUACUUCUCUGGAAAACAAUAAGUGCAAUACAUAUAUAAGUAUAUAUAUGUAUAUAUAUAUAUAUAUAUAAUAUAUAUAUAUAUAUAUAUAUAUAUAUAUAUAUAUAUAUAUAUACACACACCUUAUCAUUUAUGAAAUUAUUGUAGUACACCAUUAAAUAGGUUGGCAUUAACAGAGAUGAUGAGCAUACUACCUGAACAAGCUUGGCUAUUUUUAUUCAUGCAUAAGAAGUUGGGUUAUUACAAGUUUUGCUUUGCAUGAGUAUAUAUAACUUUGUAUCUUAAAAGUUUGUCUAAGGAUGUAUAAGUAAAGUAGGUGCUUACUUAAGACAUCUGUUUUAUAAUCCAUCCUUUUGCACUAAGAAUGGCUGUGAUAUUGUCACAGGGUGCACUGUGGUAAAAGCUAUAGUCCAUAAUGGCGGUGUUCAAUUUUGUUCAUAAAAUGUGCUUCUAUAUUGAACAAUUAUCAGGAAGAGCAGAAUGUGGAUUGUUUGAAAUGAGGAAUGCAAGUAAUUUUUAGGGAAUAUAAUAAGGGGUAUAAGCUUAUGAUUAAUGUGAACUGUUGCUUAGUUUUGAAAUUUAGUUUCUUUCUUAAUAUUCUUAUACUUUCAUGAAUCUCUUAUCAUUGAAAGUAUGUGAAUAUGCCCAUUAAUGUAAAAUCAUUCAGAUAAAUUAAUAUAUAUGAAGAGAUAUGGUUACUGAGACACCAAAUUAUGACUUUUACCCUUUUAUCUCUCUCUUUUACACUGAAAUCUAUUGCAGAGGGAGUGAAUGAUAUUCCAGAUGUGAGCUUAGAGGGAAGCUUUAGCUUUCACAUAAAAUUAAAUAUAAACAAGCCACUCUGGAGCUGUACUGGGCACUAGAUUUGUAAGUUAUCUUGCACAAACAUGAACAUUUUGAGACAGAAGUAAAUUGAAGAGUAUUUGUAAGAUCCUUAGAUGAUGUUGCAUGCAUGACACAUUAUUUACACUCCCUUUUUAAAAAAUGAUUUGAGAGUUUGUCAUUUUGCCAAGUACUGAGAAAGUUUUAAUGUGAUACUCUCAGAUGGCAAUGUUAUUGUUUUGUUUUCCUUUGUGUGAAUGGUAAUUUAUUUUGAAUUUCUUUGUUUGCAAAGAAGAGUUUGAUUUUUUUUUUUAUAAACAUUCCAUACAUGUGGAGAUUAUAAGGUUAUUCUGAUUAAUGAAAAAAAGAAAAAGAAUUAUUUAUAUCAAUCAAGAUAUUGAGGAGAAUGUAUGUAUGGUAUUGGAUAUGUUUUUCUUCAUAUUCUUUUUUGUAAGCUUUAAGUAAGUAAAAUGAUUUCCAAAAUGCAUAGUAUAUUUCUGCUUCCUUGUAAGACAAUGAAGUGUUAGUUCCCAGUUUUGUUUGUAUUACUGCAAAUGAGGGUGUAGAAGUACAACAGACUUUUUAGUUAAUAUGCUCUACAUUGUAUAUUCAAUGUUAUAAGAUUAACAUCUUACUGUGAACUAGGUGUGUGAAAGACUUUCUGGCAAAAUUUAGAGCUGGAACUUACUGUCAGAAAUAUAGAAAAAACAAUGGUCUUACAAAUUGCUAUAUUAUUUGUACAUUGUUAAUUGUUUGUAUGUAAAGAUUUAGUAAUUUUUAACUUCACUUGAAAUUUGCAUUAUUAAUUACAUAAUUUACAGAUAAGACUCCACCAGUAAAUAUGAUAUAGUCAAUUGAAGGCUUGGUAAAGUAUGUUUCUUUAAUAAGAUGUAUUCAUGUGUUAAAAUUGUGUACCUUUUGAAAGAUGUGUUUGUGUGUUAAAGUGUGUUUCUUUGGUUAGAUUGGUUAAAGUGUGGUAGUGUGUUAAGCCCAUGGUAACGAUAAUUUCUCAGGUGCUACAGUUGGUGAGUAUCUUUACUUCCCAGACAACAUUACAGACAGAUCCAGCUGUCUUGAGAAGCAUCAACAGAAAUUCAUCUUUCUGUUUUUAUGUAUUGACAGCUCACAAAGGAUUAUGCAAAGAGGAUUGAGUAAAGUUGCAUGCUCUGUGUGUGAAAGAUAUUUAACAGAACAAAAUGAUUGAGAUAUAAGAGAAAAAUGAGUGAAUCUUCUGUUUGUAACUUCUCAGUAUUUAUGCCUGAGGGAAAUAUAAAUGAUUUAGGGACCUUAUUCAUGUGUAACAUUUUUUUUUUUAGGUAUAGUUAUAUCAUUGAUACUGGUGCCAUAUCAGUUAUGAGAGCAUCAGAUGGAUUCAGAUACCUCUGGUGUUUGUAUGCUAUGUUAUUCCAUUUCAUUUCCAUCAUGACAAUCUCUUUGAGUGGGCUUCCUGGUAUUACAGUAAGGAGAUGUAUUAUUUUGUAUCUAAAAAAUGGGUAAUUAAUAUUCACAGUAAAUUGUGAACUGAGAAUAGUUAAUGUGUGUUCAUUUAAAAUACUACUGUGUACCAUAUUUUAUUGACGUAUCUAUUUAUUUCAAUUUUAAAUCUAGGAAAGUAUGUAUUUCCGUGGUUUACCGACUGUGUGUGUGUUGUUAAAGGAUUUAAAUAUUUAA